GAAUGACUCAGACCCAAGUCUGUCGAUUUUGAUAUUCUUAUGCACAUUGCAGCCGAAGUUGAGUUUUGAAACGUUGAGAAAUUAUGCAGACUAGAUAAGUUUUGGGAUGCAUAUUCGCUAGUUUGAUGAGCUAAGCUUUCAGCAGAACAGGGGAAUUAAAAAACCAGAGGUGGUUCAGGUUUUCUUUUUGUUUCUGAACCAGAACACCAAGAGAUUGCAACGCGAGCACCUACUCCAAUUCAUCAACUCCACAUUACUUUCGCAGUCCUGUCUCGUCUCUUCAUGCUAUAUAAACCUUCUAGUCCUCCACGUACCUUCAAUCCCAAGCUCACGAAAAACAUCUCGCAGUUGUUUGCGCUAGCAGAUUUCUCUUGCACAGACCAUCAAAGCGAUGGCAUCGCGGAAGAUUGUAUUCGUCCAACUUAAAUGUGUGGCGUUCUUGCUUCUCUGGGCUCUAACCAUUCAGUGCGUAACUUGUUCUGGGGCUCUUGGUGAGGAUGCAACCUCCGCUCCUGCGUUCGAGCAGCCAUCACCCAAUCCGGCUCAAACACUGACCAACCCAUCAACUCCUGUGGCUGCGUCAUCUGCAACAGUUGCCGCUUCCACAGGAGGCAACACCGACCUUCAUCCGAUGGUCUUCUACAUGCAUGACAUACUUGGCGGUUCAAACCCCUCAGCUCGAGCCGUAACCGGCAUUGUAGCAAACCCAGCACUGAGCGCUCAAGUCCCCUUCGCCAAACCGAAUGGAGCUAACCUUCCCAUUAACAGCGGGGUUCCGCAAAACAGCGCCAACAAUGGACUCAUCAACAACAACAAUGUCCCGUUCCUAACCGGACUGAGCGGAAACACAGGCAAUGUGAUUCAGAACAACGGAGUCAACUUGAUCAACGGUGGAGCCGGGUUCCCGAUCCUGAAUGGUGGUCAGCUCCCUCAGGGAAUGACCCUCCAGAAGCUGAUGUUCGGGACACUCACUGUUUUCGACGAUGAGCUGACCGAGGGGCACGAGCUUGGUUCCGGAUUGGUUGGCAAGGCGCAAGGGUUCUACGUAGCGAGCUCUGAGGACGGGAACAGCCAAACCAUCGCAUUCACCGCCAUGCUCGAGAGCGGCGGCUACGUGGACAGCCUCAGCUUCUUCGGUGUUCACCGGACUGCCGUUUCAGAAUCGCAGCUCGCAAUCAUGGGAGGCACUGGGAAGUACGUGAAUGCUAGGGGAUACGCCACGGUCAAGACCUUCCCGGCCUCAAACCAGCAAAGCACCGACGGGAUGGAGACUGUUCUCGAGUUCACUGUAUAUCUGGCAUACUAAUUUCUGUCCGAGAGAGUGAUUGUAUCUGAAAGUCAUGUGUGUUUGCUUGAGUCGUCAUGGUUCUAAUUCGUCAAUUCAAUCAAAAAGGCUGUUC